AUGCGCGCAGUGUUCGCCGCUCUGGACACCGACGGCGACGGGAUGAUAUCCGCGGACGACCUCCGCGCGUACUCCGCGCAGCGCGGGCUUCCCGCGGGGUAUGCGCUGGAGUUCGUGAGCCGCGCGCAGCAUGGGCGGAGGGGUGCGGAGGAGCACUUAUACGGGGAGCGGCGGACGGAUCCGCAGGUUUUGCGCAACUCCCUGUUCGGUGGCGGAUGGAACGGCGCGGGUUGCGCGGCGGGGGGGCUCCAGGCGGGCGGGGUUGCGGGAGUUGGCAUCGGCGGAAUGCGGAUCCUGGGAAGCGGAGACGGAGUGGCGUCAUGCGCACAGGAGGGGUCGGGCGGAACGAGCGGAGGCAAUAUGGCGCUGUGCCGCGCAUCAGCGGGGUUUGCGGCGUCGUCCUCCCAGGUAGCUCUCACCUCCCAACGAGCUUCAGUGUCGAUCUCUUUGGCGCUACCGCCCGUGGAUCUCCCAGCACUGCUCUCCUCUGCCGCGCAGCAGCUUCACCGCGGGCUGGGCUCGGCGCGCUUGCACCUUAGCAGCUUCAGGGGCGGGGGAACCGGCGGAAUAGGUGGCGGAAGCGGCGGAAGUGGCGGAACCGACGGCGGCGGCGGUGGCGGAGGGGGGUUUGGGGUGUCGUAUGCGGCGUUUGAGGAGUUCGUGGAUGCGAGGGACAGGGCUCUGUGGGACUCGUUUAGGUGCAUGGACAGUAACGGGGAUGGCCGCGUGUCGCAAGCAGACCUCGAACGCAGCAUGAGGGUGCGUGUUACUCACGCUGCUAGUGCCACCCCUGCAAUGGGCAUAACAGCAUGCAACUCCCCCAUGACCACUGGAGGCAACACCGCCACCUCUGCAGCCGUCACCACUCUCAGUGGCAGUACUCGAGCCAGCAGCACCAGCGGCAGCGGUAAUGCCGAGGCAGCACGGCCUGCGGGGCUAGGUCAGCCGUGCUCGGUGGAUUCCGUAGGGCGGGCUUGUAGCGGGAAGAUGUCCGUAUCAUUCGAGGAGUUCCGGGACUACUUCACGCUACUCCCUACAUCCGACCAUCUCUUUGACUACUGGAUCUCCGCCUCCUGCCCGCUCGCCUGCCACGCUUCUUCCGCGCCACGACCAUUCAACGCGCGAGAAGCACUUGAGGGGGCUUCAGCAGUAGUAGGCACGGCUGCCACAGCUGCCGCUGCGGGAAAUGCGUUGAAAAGGAAGCAAGUGUGGAGUGAAGCGGGCUGGAGGGCAUUCUUCCGCGGCAACAUGGUGAACGUGGUGCGCUCGGCCCCUCAGAAAGCAAUCGACUUCUUUGCUUUUGAGGCAUUCAAACAAGCCAUCGCCACUGUCUUCCCCACGGGCCCUGCGGGACUUCAGGUGGUGACAGCAGGUGCUUUAGCAGGUGCCACGUCCACUCUGGCACUCUAUCCUCUCGAUGUCGUCAGAAGCCGCCUCACUGUUGCCGCCCGCUCCCAGUGCACAGGCAUCGCCCAUGCCCUCACCACAAUAGCAAAGACAGAGGGAGUCCCAGCACUCUACCGCGGCCUGGGCGCGUCUCUCCUCUCCAUCCUACCAGAGGACGCCAUCACAUACGGCUGCUUCGAUCUGCUCAAGACCGCCCUGCAGCACUCCACCGGCCGCACCGUGGGAGCGCUGCCCGCCCUGGCCUCCCUGUACCGCGGGCUAGGAGCGUCCCUCCUCUCCAUCCUACCAGAGGCAGCCAUCAAAUACAGCUGCUUUGACCUGCAGCACUCCACUGGCCACACCGUGGGAGUGCUGCCCGCCCUGGCCUGCGGUGUCGAUUACACAGGCAUCGCCCAUGCUCCGACCACGACAGGAAAACCAGAAGGCAUGCCGGCACUCUGUAGAGGCCUCGGUGCUUCUCUCCUCUCCAUUCUACCGGAAGCCGCCAUCACAUGCGGCUGCUUCGACCUGCUCAAGUCUGCUCUGCACCGCUCUACUGGUCGCACCGUGGGAGUGCUGCCCGCCCUGGCCUGCGGCAUUGCUGUACCCGUCACACCCACUCACUCACUCUCUCCAUCCUCCCAUCUACCCCCCGCCCUUCCCCUUCCAACCCCCCAGUGCACAGGCAUUGCCCAUGCCCUCGCAACUAUAGCCAAAACCGAAGGUGUCCCAGCCCUAUAUAGGGGUCUCGGUGCGUCUCUCCUCUCCAUCCUACCGGAAGCCGCCAUCACGUACGGCUGCUUUGACCUCCUCAAGUCCGCCCUGCAGCACUCUACUGGUCGCACCGUGGGAGUGCUACCCGCCUUGGCCUGCGGUGUCGCCUCUGCAUUCACGGGCCAGCUUGUCGCAUACCCUCUCGAGCUCGUUGCGAGGCGCCUGCAGGUCUCUGCUGUUGCUGCUGGUGCUGCUGGUGCUGGUGCAGUUGCAGCAGGGGCGGCGAAGCAUAAUCUGGUUACCGUUACCAAGGCGAUACUGGCGGAACGGGGAGUGGCAGGGCUGUAUCAGGGUAUCGUGCCGGCCUCCCUGAAGGUCAUUCCCAUGGCGAUUGUGAGCUUUGGAGUGUAUGAGUCGGUUAAGUUUGCUCUGGUGCAGCUGGCUGAAAGGGAGGAGGGGUGGCGGGAGGAGAGGGAGAGGAGGCGUGAGGAGGAGGGGAGGAGGAGGUGGGCGGAGGAGGAGAGGAGGUUGGUGGAGGAGGAGAGGAGGGGGAGGAGGGUGUGUUUGCCGGUGUGUAAGGCAUGCUGUCGGGAGGGAGGGUUGUGUGGGAGGCAGAGGGGGAGCGCACUGCUGGUGGUGUGA